AUGGCUGAUCAACAGACGAGCGAACCUGCAGGCAGUGAGACUUCUAAUGAAAUAAAAUUCAAGUCCCCUAAAUUCACACAUAAUUAAUAUGAUAUAGCAACUAAAUAUGCCUUUAAGAAAAUGCAUCACCCUGGUUGCAAGAUUCAGGCCCUUUAAUAAUAACCCUUGCCGAACUUUGUAGGGUGUGCAAACCUAUGAGUCAGCUGAUGUUGGCUUCAUAUGAAUAUUAUUGGUUAUCCAGGUCGUUUUUGACCAAUAGUUCUUUUCCCUACACAUUCUGAAGGACGUAACUCCUUUUUCUCCUCUAAAGAUGGCCGAUAGGAGGUAUCGGGAUAGCCUUUGCCUCCGUAGCACCUCAUGCUGUACUGACAUGGAGUAUUCCUAGCCUGUUGAGACUAUUGGUAUCAUAGUACGAUCAUACUCCUAGAGGAGAUGACUGCUCCAAAUAGCGGCUGAAUUUCAGCCCAGCAAACAGGUUGGGAUUAGAGCAAAAUCUGCGUAGUUAUCAAAUCUAGAAGACUAUUAUGCUUCUAGUUUAAAUUUAAAUUCACACUUUCUUUGUCCAAAAGUAGAAUAUUUUCGUACGCGGAUUUGCUAGAGGACUAUUUUAAAGAGAAUGAUGAGUCCAGUACCCCAAACUCUUCUAAUUCCGUCGUUCCCGAACACGAGUUUCCUGUCUUUAUGCAAAAUAUCCUAGAAAGACUUGAAAAAUAUGGCCAACUGGCCCCGAGAAAUGAUAUAGGGUUCCAUUCCAAAGGCAGGAAAAGGCCCAAAAUCAAUGAUCAGAGCCCUGGCGAAGAAGAAGAUGCUAUGAUAGACAAUUACGAUCUUGACGAUAAGUUUAUUGACGACGAAGAGCUACAAUACGAGUCAGCUGAAGAAGAUGGUAAUUUAGAUGGCGCGAAAGAAAGCAUGUUCUGGGUUGAGACUGAUAUUAAAACCAUCGUUAACACCCCACAAAAAAAGCCUAGAAAAUCUGUUAGAAGAAUUAAGACAAAAACUCCAAGUAAAAUUGACUACCAAAGAGAAAAUUCCGUUUAUUUUGAAAACCUGCCAGAUGUGGUGAAAGAGCAGAUAAAUAAGCUUAAAAGCAUAUAUGAGCAAAAUGAAAAAAGCGGUGGGCCAAAGAAAUCAGUUCCCAAAGGAGUAAAUGCGGUUCUCAAUGAAAUUCAUUCAUUAAUGAGAUCAAAAGAUUUGGACCAAGGACUGCUCUGCAAAAUCAUAUCUGAAAUGAAUAAGGUGAAAUAUAAAGUGAUAGAAAGAGCUAUGAAUAAAAUUUCAAAGCAAAAAGAAAAAGAAGAAGGUGAAAAAAAAUAUAAAGAUUCGUAUAGAGCACUUAAAGAGAUGAUUGUGAAAAACUCAAAAAAUGAUACAUUUAGCUGGAAUGAUGAGCUGAGGAAUCAGUUGAAACAAGUUUUAAAGCUUUUGGAGCAAUUCGUCGCUAUUUAUAAUGAAUUUGUGGAACUUUAUGUGAAAAAGAACCCUGCAAAGCUGAAAUUUGAAGAGGAAGAACAAAAAAUCAUCACAGAUUUGAAAAAUAUUGCAAAUUCCAAGCUCGAUAAUGUGAACUUAAAAGACCGAAUUAAAAGAAUUGUCCCAGAAAAAAUUUCCUCCCAGACCAGCAACAUGAUAAAGGAAAACGCACUAGGACUGCUAUUUCCUAAAAAGGGCAAACUAUUUGAAGCCAUAAACUAUUGCAGCGAAGAUUUUUAUUCCAGUAACGAAGAUGAGGUGGAGCCUGACAAACAAGAGUCUUAA